AUGGAGUCAUCCCUGGCCUGGACAGGUCUGAUGGCUCUGCUGAUCCCAUGGGGCUCUGUAGAGAAACUGGUCUGUUACUUCACCAACUGGGCCCAGUACAGACUAGGAGCUGCUCACUUCAUGCCCAAGGAUGUGGACCCCCAUCUGUGCACCCACUGUCUCUAUGCCUUUGCAGGCAUGAACAGCCACCAGCUCAGCUCCAUCAAGUGGGAUGAUCAGCACCUCUACCAGGAGUUCAAUGGCCUGAAGCAGAUGGGUCCCAAGCUGAAGAUGCUGCUGGCCAUUGGGGGCUGGAACUUCAGCACUCAAAAGUUGACAGACGUGGUGGCCACAGUCCACAGCCGUCAGACCUUGGUCACCUCAGCCAUCACGUUUCUGUGCAAAUAUGACUUUGAUGGCCUUGACCUUGACUGGGAGUAUCUGGGAAGCUGGGGGAGCCCUCCCUCAGACAGGCAGCACUUUGCUGACAUGGUGCAGAAUCUGGCCAAGGCCUUCCAGCAGGAAGCCCAGAUCUCAGGGAAGGAACCUCUCCUCUUGAGUGCAGCUGUCCCGGCAGGGCGACAGUACAUAGAUGCUGCUGGAUAUGAGGUGGACAAAAUUGCUCAGAGCCUGCAUUCCAUCAGUCUUAUGACCUAUGGCCUCCAUGGCUCUUGGGAGAGGACCACAGGACAUCCCAGCACCCUCUACAAAAGGCAGGGAGAGAGCAGGGCUGCAACUGAGCUCCAUGUGGACUAUGCCAUGCAGCAGUGGCUGCAGAAGGGGACCCCAGCCAACAAACAGAUACUUGGCAUGCCCACCUACUGAUGACCCUUCACCCUGGCAUCCACAUCAGACACUGGAGUGGGGGCCCUAGCCACAGGGCCUGGAGCCCCUGGCACCUUCACCAGAGCGGCAGGGUUGCUGGCUUACUAUGAGGUGUGCUCCUUAGGGGCUGCUGAGUGCAGAAUCCAGGACCAGAAGGUGCCCUAUGCCUUCCACAGGGACCAGUGAGUGGGUUUUGAUGAUGUGGAGAGAUUCAAAACCAAGGCUGGCUAUCUGAAGCAGAAGGGACUGGGCAGGGCCAUGGUCUGGGCACUGGACGUGGACGACUUCACUGGCUCCUUCUGUGGCCAGGGUGGGUACCCCCUCAAGACACUGCAGAUGGAGCUAAGUCUUCCACAUAUGCUAGGACCCCCACAGCCUGAGGUUCCCACAUAAAACCAGCCCUCUGAAGCUGAGCAUGGCCCUAGCCUUGGACAAGACACUUUCUGCCAGGGAAAAGCUGAUGGACUCUACCCCAACCCUCUGGACCAGUCCAGCUACUACAGCUGUGCAGGGGGGUGGCUGUUCCAACAAAGCUGCCCAAAGAAUUUGGUGUUCAGCUCUUCCUGCAAAUGAUGCACCUGGAGUUGA